AUGGCAUCUAUCGCAAUCGCCUCGAGUUCCGUGUUACAAGGAAUCGACGGCUUGGAACGAGUGCGAGAUCCGACGGUCUCAAGAUCUCGUCAUCAUCCACACCGUAUAGAUGCACCGUCGGAUCGUCCCGCAUCUAUCUGCCAUCUGGCAAAUCAGCAUCCGGCAUUCCCGUUGGACCGUCUGCCUGACGACGUGCUCUCAUUGGUCCUCCAGCAUCUCUCCCGCAACUCCCUCGCGCACGCCUUUGUGUGCAAGCGUUGGUUCCGUCUCACGUGCCUCGCGCGCGUCUACCUCAAGGUUCCGCGCGCCGUGCACUCCGCGCAGCUUCUCUCCGCCGUAGACACAUUCCCGACAUUGUCACAACUCGAUAUAGCGGAGAACACCGUUCCGCACGCGACAGACGAACUCCUGCGCGGAAUUUCCGCGCGCUGCCCCAAUCUCACGCGCCUGCUCAUCGGGUACCAGUUCCGCGCGCGCUUCUCCCCCGCAGGGCUCUCCGCGCUCUUCCGCGGGUGCGCACGCCUGCAGCAGCUCCGCCUGUUCUCCCUCAGCGGGAUCUCCGCGCUACCCGCGUCCCUCACGCUCCUCUCCCAGCUAGAAGUGCUCGAGUUAGGGGACGACCCAGCCUGGCGCGGAUUGGAUACGUUCACGAAACUGAUUGAACCCGAUAUAAGCCUAGAUUCGAUAAGCUGUAUGAGGAAGCUGGUUGUGAGCAGUCGCUGCUUUGAGAGCCUACCGUGGAGCAUCGGCGAGCUGACACGUUUGGAGCAUCUAGAAAUCCAUUCAGAGGUCCUUAGUUCGCUGCCCGGCAAUUUCGGGCAGCUAGGGUCGUUGGCGGUGCUGAAGCUCGAGGCCAAGUCUUUGGAGGAGCUGCCCGAGAGCCUGGGCAGGUUGAAAAACCUGCAGCGAUUGUGGCUGACAAACUGCGAGAGUCUGUCCAAACUUCCCGACUCGUUCGGGCAGCUUUCCAGCCUAUCCUUCCUCAGCAUACACCUCUGCGACCGGCUCCGGUCUCUCCCAGAAAGUUUCAGCUUCCUGCCCGCUUUGGAAACCCUAAAACUGCACGAGCUUUCGAGCCUGCGCACGCUGCCCGAACUCUUCGGGCACCUGCCGAAGCUGAGAGUCCUCGACAUGAGCACAUGCGGGGUGGUGCGCCUGCCCUUCUCCCUCUACCUCCUAGCCCGCUUGGAACGACUCAGCAUUGCAGCUUUCCCGGACCUCCCCCACGUGCCCCCCCUCACCGCGCAACUCCUCCCUCCACCACCCCGCCCGUCCCACGAAUCCCUUCCGCCUGGCACCGCCUCUGCAUCGCUUGCGCCUCCCUCCCCUUCCCAAGCGUCUUCGUCGGUUGCUCGGGGAGGCGUUUCUGGAGGAUCCUUUUCCGUCCCCCAUCAGAAUGUGAGUCAGGAGCAGGGGCAGGAUCAACAGAGGGCGCGGCCUAUUGGGUUGCGUACUGGGUUGGGUGGGCGCAUGCAGGAAGAUGAGGAGGAGGAGGAGGAGGAGAGAGCGGAUGAGAUGCAAGAGGGGGUGGUGCAGCAGCAGCAGCAGCAGCAGCAGCAAGAGGAAGGGAGGCCAUGGGAAGGGGGGGAACAGCAGGAGGGGAAUCUGGCAGGGAACUACUCCCACUGGAGUGUGGGGAGGCAGUUUCCUUCGUCCUCGUUAGGGCUGUCCUCGUUAGUGAUACUAGAGAUGACGGACCACACUGGGAUCCUUGCCUUGCCCGAAGAUCUAGGCUGCCUGCCAAAGCUGGAGCUUCUCAGGCUGGUCAGACUGGACAAUUUCACUGUCCUGCCCGAUUCUCUCGGGCAGCUGAAAUCCCUGCGCAAGCUAAUGCUUUCUCAGCUGCCCAAUCUAGAGUACCUCCCUGCCUCUCUCCCACAACUGCCAUCCCUCGAACUGCUGGUCAUUCACCAAUGUGCCAACCUGGCAUCCCUGCCACGUGGCACAAUCUCAGGUCUUCGGAACCUGUCCAAGGUGGCACUCAUUGAGUGCACAAGCUUGUGCAGUCUGGAUAGUGAGGAGGGGAAGGCCAGCAGGGGCGGCACGGACACGUUACGGCAUGUGCUUGUGUUUGAUUGUGGCAUGAAGUCCCUUCCACCAUCUCUUCUACAUGUGGAGUCACUACAGACUGUACACUUUCGAAAUGGGGGGUGGUUUGGUUUUCCGGUGUUUUCAUUGCCGGAGGUGUACGGGUUUUCCAGACUGAGGAAGUUGAGUCAGCUGCCCGAGAGGAUGGGCAGCUUGGCCAGCCUUCAGCAGCUGCGGUUGAGGGACUGCACGUGUUUGGUGUCACUGCCCGACUCUUUCGGGCAGCUCCGAAUAGAACUGCUGGAGCUUUAUAACUGUGCAUCUCUCACCGCCCUUCCCCAUAAUUUUGGAUCACUCUCCCAACUGCAGACCCUUCGCAUGAUCUGGGUGUAUCAUUUAUCCAACCUGCCCGACUCCUUCGGGCAGCUCUCAAACCUCCGUCACCUGGAACUGGAGCAGUGCACGGCUCUUCGAGACCUGCCCGGCCCGGUCGGCUCCCCUUGCCAAGGCCAGAUAUGGCUGCCCGCUCUCGAAAGCCUUCGUCUGGUGGGACUCCGCCAUCUGGACUCUCUCCCUCCACUCGGGCAGCUUAAAAACCUUCGCAGGCUGACCGUGUCACUUCUGUGGAAGCUUGAGGAGCUUCCUCCGUCCCUCUCCCUGCUCUCCAACCUGCAAACCCUAGUCAUCCAUGGCUGCUCGCAGCUGAAAUCCCUCCCUCACAACGUCCCCUCCGCUCUGUCCUCUCUCUCCUCCCUCGCGAUUCGCUCCUGCCUCAGCAUUCAAGAUCUGGAUUUGCUUUCGUUUUGCAAUGGUGCUAUGGAGGCAUGUAGUGUGGAUGGGGUGGAGGGGAGGGUGACCAGUGAAGCGGUGAAGUGCGAUGCGUUACGGUGCGACAAUGUGGAGGGGGAUUCUCCUCCUGAAGCUGAAAUGUGCACAUUAGCAGGUGAUUUCAGCAGCUGCACUUCUGUCACAGCCCAAAAGGGGAAGAAUUUUUUCCUAUCGGCCUUGUCAGCCCCACUCCGCUGUCCCUUGAGUUUCUCCAGGGAGGCGAAAGCACGCCGAGACCUUGGUUCCAACUCGUCUUUCCUUCCUUGUCUCUCUAGCGUGUAUAUUGUUGACACGAGCGUAAAGGUGCUACCAGAGGCGCUGUGGCUGCUGCCAUCUCUCCAAUGUGUGCACCAUUUCAAUCACAAGUGGAUGGGCGGUAAGGUCAUGAAGCCUUCAAAAGAGUUCCGGCACCGUUUUGAGAAGAAGAUUUGUAGGAAUGACAGUGAGGGGAGGGUGUAUGUGAGGGGUGCGUAUCAAGGGGAUCCGUGUGCUUGUUGCUCGUACAGAGAGAACCAUGAGCGAUGGAUAGUGCCGUGUGUGAAUUAA